AUGGUAAAUUCUCAAGCACAAGCUCAACUCCAAGAUCAUGACAAGGGAAAUGGAUACUCGAGCCUCGCGACAAGUAUGGAAAUUCCUGAUUCGAGUAUUUUAGGUGUUACUCAGAGUAACAGCCUUCCCGAGGUGGAAACUGAGGCGGAAAUAGGUAAGAAAAGGGGAGAGAAGAAAGCAACAAAGCCUAGAUAUGCUUUUCGAACAAGAAGCCAAGUCGAUAUACUUGAUGAUGGAUACAGGUGGAGAAAAUAUGGCCAGAAGGCAGUCAAGAACAACAAAUUUCCAAGAAGUUACUAUCGAUGUACGUAUCAAGGUUGCACCGUCAAAAAGCAAGUCCAAAGGCUAUCUAUAGAUGAAGGAAUAGUAGAGACAACCUAUGAAGGGAUGCAUUCACACGCAAUUGAGAAGUCUACUGAUAACUUUGAGCACAUCUUAAGCCAGAUGCAAAUUUUCCCUUCAGUUUGA